AUGAUGACACAGUACAAAGGGGCAGCCUUUGGUGAACUGAGUCCCCAGUCCCACCCUUUUGUUUUUGUAGAUGCUGCAUAUAGUGGCGAGAGUGGGGCAGGUGAAACGGAAAGCACAAAAUUGCUCAUGCGGUAUCUUGCUUACUUGGGAGGCAGAGUUGCAUCUGAGGGGAGGACUUCAAAUCCGGUUCUAGAAGCAUUCGGUAAUGCAAAUACAGUCAGAAACAAUGUAAAUGCAGUCAGAAACAACUCCAGUGAAGUGAUGCAUCUCUUCUCUCGGUUCACCGCGAGUGACAACUGCCCCUUGUCUCCUCUCUCUCUAUGCCGCUGCACAUCCAUUGCUGACAACAACGAGCAGCUACCCAGCCACCUCCUGUUUCGGCUCACCGCCAGCGACAAACGUCCCUUAUUCUUCUCUCUCUGCACCACUGCAUAUCCAUUGCCAAUGACAGUCAGGAGCUGCCCAGCUACUGCCUAUUUCAAAGUUCCUUUAGCCCUUUGCUUGUGGAUAGUUGUGGUAAUUCUGGAGCCGGGUGGUGUUGCCAUUGGUGAAGGGUAUGGCUAUGAUCAUGACAUGACAAUUGAGAGGAGGCCUUCUGCCUUCAUCAUGCUUCGGGAUCAAGUGGGGACCACAAUGAGCGGCAUGUUUUAUUGUGAUCUUCAAAAGUACAAAUUAGCAAAUCCAAUAACAUUUCAUGAUUUGAAUCAAUUAAAUUGCUACGAAUUAGAUGGCAUUGAUGAUUCUAAAGAGUCCGUUGCUACAAGGUGGGCAAUGGAUGUUGUUGGAAUUAGUACCAAGGAACAGGUUUUGAUUGGAGUUGGUUAA